UGGAUCAUUGUAUUGAUCAUGCUCGAAUGACUUGAUAUCUCCAAUGACUUGUAAUCGUCUAGUAAAAGUACUGUACUGCUACUGAUCACGCUGAGCAGUUCAGCUGUGUUUUUAACAUUCAUCAGACGAAAUACUAAACUUUUCUUUACAAUGGCUCCUACUAUUUUGGCCGGACAGGCAAAAGCGAAACCAAACUUGGAUGUUAGACAGCGAAUUGAAGCCACGUUGAAGAAGAGAAUCAUGAUUUUUGAUGGCGGUAUGGGAACUAUGAUUCAAAACCACCAUUUUGAAGAAGCUGACUUCAGAGGGGAGGAAUUCAAAAGCCAUCCCAAGCAUCUGAAAGGAAACAAUGACUUGUUAAGUUUAACGAAACCUGACGUUAUUCAUAAGAUACACAAGGAUUAUUUGGAAGCAGGUGCAGACUUUGUCGAAACUAACACCUUUAGUGGAACAAGUAUAGCACAAGCAGACUACGGACUAGAACAUAUGGUAUACAGGAUGAAUAAAGCAUCAGCGGAAAUUGCUAAGAGAGCAGCACUGGAUGUAACAAAUUCCACAGGUGUUGAACGAUUUGUAGCUGGUGCUUUAGGACCAACCAACAGAACACUGUCCAUAUCGCCUUCAGUAGAAUGUCCUGGCUUCAGAAAUAUCACCUUUGACCAGCUUGUUGAAACAUACAUGGAACAGGCCAGAGGACUACUGGAUGGUGGAGCUGACAUCUUAUUGGUUGAAACCAUCUUUGACACAGCAAAUGCAAAGGCUGCUUUAUUUGCAAUUGAUAAGCUUUUUGAAAAAGAAUACAAGGAAGUACCAAUAUUUGUAUCUGGAACAGUAGUGGACAAAAGUGGUCGCACACUUUCAGGGCAGACAACAGAUGCAUUUGUUAUCAGUGUUUCACAUGCAAAUCCUAUGUGCAUUGGUCUUAACUGCGCUCUUGGUGCUACUGAUAUGAGACCCUUCAUUGAAUCCAUUGGCACCAAUACAAGUGCAUACGUCAUAUGUUACCCAAAUGCUGGUCUUCCCAAUACCUUUGGUGGCUAUGAUGAAACUCCAGAGACAACUGCUCAUCAUUUGAAGUCAUUUGCACACGAUGGUUUGGUGAACAUCGUUGGUGGAUGCUGUGGAACAACUCCAGCUCACAUCAAGGCAAUAGCAGAAGCUGUAAAACCCUACCAUCCAAGAAUACCUCAUGGUCUGUUUGAAGAUGCAUUGUUGCUUAGUGGAAUGGAAGCAUUUCAUAUCACACCAAGUGUAAUAUUUGUCAAUAUUGGUGAGCGAUGUAAUGUAGCUGGAUCAAGGAGGUUCUGUAGGCUGGUCAAGAAUGGGAAAAUGGAGGAGGCUCUAGCCGUUGCCAAGUUACAAGUGGAAAAUGGUGCCCAGAUUCUGGACAUCAACAUGGAUGAAGGCAUGUUGGAUGGCAUUGCUAGCAUGACCAAGUUUACCAACCUUAUAGCAUCUGAACCAGACAUUGCUAAGGUCCCCUUGUGUAUCGACUCGUCCAAUUUUGAUGUGAUCGAAGCUGGUCUUAAGUGUGCACAGGGCAAGUGCAUUGUCAACAGCAUUAGUCUGAAAAAUGGUGAAGAGGAUUUUCUAGAAAGAGCUCGUCUGAUUAAACGAUACGGCGCUGCAGUGGUAAUAAUGGCAUUUGACGAGCAAGGACAGGCUGCAGAUUGUGAAAGAAAGGUUGAGAUCUGCACUCGGUCUUACAACCUUCUGGUUGAUAAAGUCAAGAUGAACCCGAAUGACAUCAUCUUUGAUCCAAAUAUCCUCACCAUAGCAACGGGAAUUGAGGAACAUAACAAUUAUGGGAAAUAUUUUAUCGAGGCGGCCAAAAUUAUUAAGCAAACACUACCUGGUGCACGUGUCAGUGGUGGCCUGUCAAACUUUUCUUUCUCCUUCCGUGGCAUGGAUACUAUCCGUGAAGCUAUGCACAGUGUUUUCCUAUACCAUGCUAUUAAGGUGGGCUUAGAUAUGGCGAUCGUUAAUGCUGGUAUGCUUCCUGUAUAUGAUGACAUUGAAUCAGGUCUUCUACAGCUGUGUGAAGAUUUGUUAUGGAACAGAGAUCCUGAUGCUACUGAGAAGCUCUUACUGCUAGCACAGUCCAUGGGUGCUGGUGCCAAGAAGCAAGUCAUCACAGAUGAGUGGAGAAACUGCCCUGUAGAGGAGAGACUUGAACAUGCCCUUGUCAAGGGUAUUGACAAGUUUGUGGUAGAAGAUACUGAAGAAGCCAGGCUGUGUACAGAGAAAUAUCCACGUCCUCUCAAUGUAAUUGAGGGACCGCUCAUGAAGGGGAUGGGUGUGGUCGGUGACUUGUUUGGAGCUGGCAAAAUGUUUCUUCCUCAGGUGAUCAAGUCAGCUCGAGUGAUGAAGAAGGCUGUUGGUCAUUUAAUCCCAUAUAUGGAGAAAGAGCGACAGCUUGCACUGGCCAAUAAUGAGAAUCAAGACGAUAAGUCAUUGAAAGAUCAGUAUAACGGCACUAUAGUGCUUGCAACAGUCAAAGGGGACGUUCACGACAUUGGUAAAAACAUUGUGGGUGUUGUUCUUGGAUGCAAUAAUUACAGAGUGAUUGACUUGGGUGUCAUGACACCUUGUGAAAAAAUCCUGAAGACUGCAAUCGAAGAGGGAGCGGAUAUCAUUGGUCUGUCUGGGCUGAUCACUCCUUCAUUGGACGAGAUGAUCCACGUUGCCAAGGAGAUGGAAAGAACAGGGAUGAAGAUACCACUUCUGAUUGGUGGAGCUACUACAUCGAGAACGCACACUGCUGUCAAAAUAGCUCCUCGAUACAGCGAACCUACUGUACACGUCUUAGACGCUUCCAAGAGUGCAGUCGUGUGCUCGGCAUUGAUGGAUGAAACUGCUCGUGAGGACUUCAUUGACGAAGUGAACGAAGAAUACGAAGAAAUCCGAGAAGAGCAUUAUGAUUCCUUGAAGGAUCGUCGAUAUCUCAGCCUUGAUAAAGCCCGUGAUAAGCAGCUUGUCGUUGACUUGGUGGACUUCAAACCAGUGAAGCCAAAGUUUUUAGGGACCAAGGUGCUAGGUGACUACGAUUUGGAGAAAGUCAUUCCAUACAUCGACUGGAAACCUUUCUUUGAUGUUUGGCAGCUACGAGGAAAAUACCCUAACAGAGGUUACCCGAAGAUAUUCAAUGAUAAAACCGUUGGUGAAGAAGCUAAACGCGUGUUUGAUGAUGGACAGAAGAUGCUGAAGACAAUAGUGGAAUCCAAGUCUUUACGAAUUGUAGGACAACUAGCAUUUUAUCCAGCAAAUAGUGUGGGGGACGAUAUCUACUUGUUUGAUAAAGACCAAUCGAGAAAGGGACCUCCUAAAGCAGUCUUUUGUGGACUGCGACAACAGGCUCAAAAAGAACACGGUGUCGAAGAGCCCUAUUACUGCAUAUCAGAUUUCAUAGCACCUCUAGACUCAGGAGUAGAGGACUACAUUGGUUGCUUUGCUGUGUCCUGUAUGGGCGCCGAGGACAUGGCCGAACAGUUCAGCAAGCAGCUGGAUGACUAUAGUGUCAUCAUGGUUAAAGCGUUGGCCGACAGGAUAGUAGAAGCUUUUGCUGAAGAGCUGCACGAGAGAGUUCGCAAGGAUCAUUGGGGAUACUCUUGUGAAGAAGAAUUGGACGCUAAGGAUCUUCACAGGAUUAGAUAUAAGGGCAUACGGCCAGCCUUUGGAUAUCCCAGCCAGCCAGAUCACACGGAGAAGCUGACCAUGUGGGAAAUGAUGGACUGUGAGAAACAAACGGGCAUCCAGCUGACAGAGUCGUUAGCUAUGCACCCUGCAGCAUCUGUGUCAGGUCUUUAUUUUAGUCACCCGGAAUCGACUUACUUUGCUGUCGGGAAAGUUUGUGAGGAUCAGGUGAAAGAUUACGCCCAACGGAAGGGGAAGACUGUCCAGGAACUCGAAAAAUGGUUAUCAAGUGUAUUAGCAUACGAGGCGGACUAAUUCUAAUUUAAAGUUAAAUUGCCAAUAUUAUAUCAACAUAAUGAUAAUGCUUAAAAUAUAUAAACUAUUAACUGUGAAGUCCGGUUGAGACGCGUUGAGACUUUUACCGGAAAAAGAAAAGGAAAUCGCAGUUUUCUCGCCUUGUUGAACGUUCUUGAUGAAAAACCUUGCGAAAUAUAUAUAUUUUUAUUUGUGGAGCUGAAGAUUGUGGCAAAUUUCUGGAGGACUUCAUACUUUAAAAAGACUUGGGCCAAAAUCUUUUACUUUUAAGUUAAUUUUUCGAGUAUCGAUUAAUUGGUCUAGCGCAUCGGCGUUUACUACUACCAGAAUUCCUUGCGCACCUGCAAUUUGAAUAAUCAAUAAUAAUAAUGGGAAUUUGUAGCAAGAAUUGAUGGAAAAAAUUUCUAAAGCGAUAGAAAAUUGAUGCCGCCCUUUUCGUGGUCAUUCGUAGUGAUGGUGGUGUAAUGAUAAUGAUUGGUAAUGAUGGCAAUACUUUAGUAGCCAGGGUACGAUGUUAUAUACUUGCAUUCCAUAUCACUUAACCUUGUAAAAAUAAUUACUAACUCAGGUAAUAUAAUAUAAACCUACUUUAUUGAUUGAUUUUCGUUACAUUUAGGAUUACAUUUGUAAUAUAUUUUCAUUCCAGACUAGGUCAUUCCCUCAAGAUUUUUCUUGCAUGGUCUGACAUAAUCGAAAUUUUUAAGCAAAGAAAUAAUACUCAAGGAAA